GAGACAGAUGAGGCCCAGAGCAUUCAGUAGCAGAUCUGUCACUACAUAGUAAGUGAGAGGCAGGAUUGGAACCUGGUCUCCACCCAGUCACAACUCCCACCAUCCUCACCCCCAGGAGGCUGGUGUCCUCGUGUCCUCUGAACCUGCCUUCCCUGCUCUCUCCUGCUUCUUCAGGGACUGGUGAUCUACACCCUGGCAGGAGGAAGGCAGAGGAAUCUUUGGGAUUCAGAGUUAGGAUUGAAUAUUCAAGAUAAAGGCCCACUUUGAAGUUCAGGUUUAGGAUUGAGGCCAUGGUGGUGGUAGUGGUGGGGGCACCCUUUGGAAACAACCUAAAGUGAAAUUUAGGGUAAGAUCCCCCCUCCUUUCUCCUGCCUCUUUUCUCCAAAGAUGGGGAGGUCCGGGAUAGGAAGGGUUAAGUGUGGUUUUGCUUCCCCAGCCAGGAGGGGAAGCCUGGCCAGGCAGGGACUGGGUGGGGCAGAGGGCGUGCUGGAAGGGGGGCUGAGGCAGUGGGAACAGCCAGUGUCCCUCAUGUUUCACUGGCUCACCCACCCCGCCUCUGCUUCUGGUUUGGGGAACACAAGAGGGAGAAGCAGAACGAGACUUUUUGUUUUGUCUGGGAAACUGAAGGCCCCUCUGGGAACCACAAAAAUCUGGAACCUGGUGUCCUGGCAGUGUGAUGAAUGCAUGCACAGCUCUGACCUAUUAGAGCCUUUGCCCAGGCGCCGGUGACUCAGUGUUCGCGGGAGCGCCGCAUCCACACCGGCCAACCCAGAUCCUGAGGACGACAGCGUCUGGCCCAGAUCCCCACGCCUGCCAGGAGCGAGCCGAGAGCCAGCCGGCCGGCGUGCUCCCACCUCGAUCAGUCUCUGUCCUUGGCCUGAGCCCCGCGCCCUUCCCGGGACCUCUGCCCCGCGGGCAGCCUUGCCACCCUGCCGGCCAUGGAGACCCCGUCCCAGCGGCGCGCCACCCGCAGCGGGGCGCAGGCCAGCUCCACCCCGCUGUCGCCCACCCGCAUCACCCGGCUACAGGAGAAGGAGGACCUGCAGGAGCUCAAUGACCGCUUGGCGGUUUACAUCGACCGUGUGCGCUCACUGGAGACGGAGAAUGCAGGUCUGCGCCUUCGCAUCACCGAGUCUGAAGAGGUGGUCAGUCGCGAGGUGUCUGGCAUCAAGUCUGCCUACGAGGCCGAGCUCGGGGAUGCCCGCAAGACCCUCGACUCGGUGGCCAAGGAGCGCGCCCGCCUGCAGCUGGAGCUGAGCAAAGUCCGCGAGGAGUUCAAGGAGCUCAAGGCACGCAAUACCAAGAAGGAGGGAGACUUGAUGGCCGCCCAGGCCCGGCUCAAGGACCUGGAGGCUCUGCUCAACUCCAAGGAGGCAGCACUGAGCACCGCUCUCAGCGAGAAGCGCACGCUGGAAGGCGAGCUGCAUGACCUGCGAGGACAAGUGGCCAAGCUCGAGGCAGCCCUGGGUGAGGCCAAGAAACAACUUCAGGAUGAGAUGCUGCGCCGAGUGGAUGCCGAGAACAGGCUGCAGACCCUGAAGGAGGAGCUGGACUUCCAGAAGAACAUUUACAGCGAGGAGCUUCGGGAGACCAAGCGCCGCCAUGAGACGCGGCUGGUGGAGAUUGAUAAUGGGAAGCAGCGCGAGUUUGAGAGCCGGCUGGCAGAUGCCCUGCAGGAGCUGCGGGCCCAGCACGAGGACCAGGUGGAACAGUACAAGAAGGAGCUGGAGAAGACCUAUUCUGCCAAGCUGGAUAACGCCAGGCAGUCGGCCGAGAGGAACAGCAACCUGGUGGGGGCCGCCCACGAGGAGCUGCAGCAGUCCCGCAUCCGCAUCGACAGCCUCUCGGCCCAGCUCAGCCAGCUCCAGAAGCAGCUGGCAGCCAAGGAGGCCAAGCUGCGGGACCUGGAGGACUCGCUGGCCCGUGAGCGUGACACCAGCCGGCGGCUGCUGGCCGACAAGGAGCGGGAGAUGGCGGAGAUGCGGGCAAGGAUGCAGCAGCAGCUGGACGAGUACCAGGAGCUGCUGGACAUCAAGCUGGCCCUGGACAUGGAGAUCCACGCCUACCGCAAGCUCCUGGAGGGCGAGGAGGAGAGGCUACGCCUGUCCCCCAGCCCGACCUCGCAGCGCAGCCGCGGCCGGGCCUCUUCCCACUCGUCCCAGACGCAGAGUGGGGGCAGCGUCACCAAAAAGCGCAAGCUGGAGUCCAGUGAGAGCCGCAGCAGCUUCUCCCAGCACGCUCGCACCAGCGGCCGUGUGGCCGUGGAGGAGGUGGACGAGGAGGGCAAGUUCGUGCGCCUGCGCAACAAGUCCAAUGAGGACCAGUCCAUGGGCAACUGGCAGAUCAAGCGCCAGAAUGGAGAUGAUCCCUUGCUGACCUACCGCUUCCCUCCAAAGUUCACUCUGAAGGCCGGGCAGGUGGUGACGAUCUGGGCUGCGGGAGCGGGGGCCACCCACAGCCCCCCAGCCGACUUGGUGUGGAAGUCGCAGAACACCUGGGGCUGCGGAAACAGCCUGCGCACGGCUCUCAUCAACUCCACUGGGGAAGAGGUGGCCAUGCGCAAGCUGGUGCGCUCGGUGACCAUGAUUGAGGACGACGAGGAUGAGGAUGGAGAUGACCUGCUCCAUCACCACCACGGCUCCCAUGGCAGCAGCUCGGGGGACCCCGCCGAGUACAACCUGCGCUCACGCACCGUGCUGUGUGGGACCUGCGGGCAGCCCGCCGACAAGGCGUCUGCCAGCAGCUCGGGAGCCCAGGUGGGCGGAUCCAUCUCCUCUGGCUCCUCCGCCUCCAGUGUCACAGUCACUCGCAGCUACCGCAGUGUGGGGGGCAGUGGGGGUGGCAGCUUCGGGGACAACCUGGUCACCCGCUCCUACCUCCUGGGCAACUCUAGACCCCGAACCCAGAGCCCCCAGAACUGCAGCAUCAUGUAAUCUGGGACCUGCCAGGCAGGGGUGGGGGUGGAGGCCUCCCGCUUCCUCCUCACCUCAUGCCCACUCCUGCCCUACACCUCAAGGGAAGGGGCUUGAAGCCAAAGAAAAAUACUCCUUUGGGUUUUUUUUUUCUUCUAUGUUUUUUUUUUUUUUUUUUCUAAGAGAAGUUAUUUUCUACAGUGGUUUUAUAUUGAAGGAAAAACACAAGCAAAGAAAAAAAAAAAGCAUCUAUCUCAAAUUCCCCUUCCUUUUCCCUGCUUCCAGGAAACUCCACAUCUGCCUUAAAACCAAAGAGGGGAGCCAAGGGAAAGGAUGCUUUUACAGAGCCUAGUUUCUGCUUUUCUGUCCUGCCCGCCGCCCCCAUCCCGGGGACCCUGUGACAUGGUGCCUGAGAGGCAGGUGUGGAGUCUUCUCCGCCAGCCUCCAAGGGAGGAGGGCUGAGCCAGCCCCUGGGCCGGCCCCCAUCAUCCACUACACCUGGCUGAGGCUCCUCCGCCUGCCCCGUCCCCAGUCCCCCCCUGCCCCCAGCCCCGGGGUGACUCGUUUCUCCCAGGUACCAGCUGCACUUGCUUUUUCUGUAUGUUAUUUAGACAAGAGAUGGGAAUGAGGUGGGAGGUGGAAGGAGGGGGGAGAAAGGUGAGUUUGAGCCUGCCUUCACUUUGAGGGGGGGUGGGCUCUGCCCAGUCACUGGAGGUCGAGGUCAAGUGGGUGUAGGAGGAGGGAGAGGGAGGCCUACCAGAAAGAGGAGAGCCUGCUGGGGCCCCACCGCAGAGGAAGAAAGUGAGAAGCGAUGGAGGGUGUGCGGCUGUGGGUUUUGGCGAACACUAAGGAGCCCCCUUGCCUCGUGUUUCCCAUCUGCAUCCCUUCUCUCCUCCCCGAAUCAAUACACUAGUUGUUUCUAUCCCUG